UUUCAUGCUCCUUUGUGUGUUAUUUUACUAACUAUGAGCUUUGAUGCCUGUUUUGUAGGUAUGGCCGCUUCUCAACCCAACAAGCCAAAAGAGGAGUGGGGGGAGGAGAAGGAUGUAGCCAGUGAGGAGCAGCGGUUGAUGGAGAGGGCUGCAAAGAAGUUGAGAGAGGAGGAUGUAGCCGAAGCGCGAAAGAAGAAGGAUGAGGAGCAUAAGGCAAGGAUGGAUGAGGAGUGGCAAAUGGAACUUCAGCGCAUGAGAUAUGAGGCUAGGAUAAAGGAGAAUGACAGGAAGACGCUAGAGAAACGUAAAAAAGAAUAUAAAGCUAACUUUAAGAAGAUGAUGGCAGAGGACGCAGCAAAGAGAGAGCGGGAGCAUCAACGCUUCACGGAGAGGGUUAAGGAAGAGGCUUCAAAAAUGCGCAAAAGGGAAGAGGAAGAGGAAGAAGAGAGGAAGAAGAAGAAGGGAAAGGGGCCUUGCUCGACCCAAUAGAGCCGGAUGCUUCUAUUCUCAUGCGCGCUUUCAUCUUCGAACCCUAUGUGUUGUUGAACCCUAUUUGUUGUUGAACCUUGUUCGCUUGCGCGCUUUCUUACUAUGAAACUCCACUA